AUGGUCGCCUUGGAUAGUCUCACCACCGGGCAAGUCGCGGGUAUAAUUGCCGCUGGUAUAUCCUUCAUCAACAUUUCGUUCAAACUUAUCGUUCCUCUGAUCUUGGUCUCGAUUCUCAACCCAACGGAAUCAGCAGCAACCUGGUCAAGAGCCGCCGCGCAACUGCAAGGUAGCCUGUGGCCCACGAUCUUGCGGACAGACUCAACAACAAACCACAACGUUCGUGCUGGUGUCCGGUUCACGACCAAGCUUAGGCUGUUGACCGCUCUGCUUCUCUCGCUUGCGUCUAUCAUCACGCCGCUUGGUCUCUACGAAUCUAUUGUGGCCAGCAGUUCGACGGAGCUUACUCCAUUCGCAUACGCCAAAGAUGCCAGCGUGUUUGGAAACGGGACUCUCCCUCGACCCGCGGAAGGCUUUAGCCGCCUGUGUGGCUCUUUCGGGCCUCCCAUCGCAUGCCCGAACUCGAACAGCACCAUCGUUUCCAAUGUAAACUCGACGGGCUUUACCAUCAGCGACGAAGACGUGAUCAACGUCUCAAUCCCCUCCGAUUAUAUGGCAUACCUGCAGAGCGGGGCGCAAGCAAUAGGCCAGACCGUUUCUUCGGUCUUCGACAUCGGAUAUAGGACGUACACUUACGCUACAGACACUCAGUUAAAAACCAUAAACCAGGGGAAGAAGUAUGCUAUCGGUAGCUUCAAUCAGUUCAACACGCUCUUCCUCAACGGAGGCUUGCAGCUCGUCGAAGGUUUGGUUGUCGAUGCAGAAUCUGGUGGUCUUGGCUUCCGUAACCAUUCUGUUCCAAUUGACUCACCGUUCGGCGCCACCUGGACCGAAGACAUUCUCUUCAUCGAGCCGGAGACGCAAUGCGUUAACACAAACUUGACAUUUGAUUACACAUUUCCUCUCAACGGCACUGGUUCCUCAAGCGUUGUGGAUUUGGUCCUUGUCGACCAUGGCGGCUUCGCCAAUUUGAACACCACGUUUCCGCCCUACGAUGCUCUUACAGCGCAGGAUGAUCCGCAGCUCGCGUAUCGCGCCUACCGUUCAGCGUGGCUCCAAAACGCUUACACGGCGCUCUAUUACAACGUGACAAAUCCAGGUUCCGCAAUCUCAGGGAUGAAGGCCUUUUCAUACAUAAACUCUGAGGUGGGAAAUCAGAUUCCUAUGGUCAAGAACAACUUCAGCGGCCAAGAGAGCGAAUGGUCCAAUCUGCGUUUCAGCGUCGCCGAGUUUGGUGGCUUCAUCGACGGACUGCCGCAAGGUGGAUUCGGAAACGAAUCCCUGACGAACACGACGGGGCAGUUUGAUCUUAACGUACCAGAUAACCCUUGGAAGAUCACGGCUGACAACUUCACCGAUGCUCGUGACGAUUGCAACGCCGUUUUCGGAUAUUCGCUGGGCAACGUUAGCAACAUUCUCGGUUUCUGCGGUUCAGCGCUGGGCACGCCGCAAGAAAAGGGUGCUCAAAGCAUCGUGCGGUUCGAGCCUGGCAGUUCCUACUCUCAGCCUCUCUAUGGCUGCGCGUCGGUUGUGCGUGCCGUGAUCAAAACGGUCUCUUUCAAGUUCAACGGCACGGGACUCGGCGGCUUGUCCGUCACGGGCAUUGAAGAAAAGCAAUACGCGAGCGAGGCCGAUUAUCCUCUUUGGGGCGUUGAAUCGGCCGGGAUGAGUCUCGUGGAUGGGAACCCUUUGUGGGGAAUCAUCGAUCCCGCACAAAAGGACAAGUUCAAAAACAUGUCCUUUGUGCAGAAGCCCGCCCUGUACCUACCAGGCUACAUCAACGGCGCCACGGAUCUCGGCUUACCUCCGGUGGUCACCGGUUCGAACCUCCCGGGAAUCGAUUUCUACUCGAAAGCGCUCGCAUUCGCGUACAGCACAGGCGCCCGCGCCUCCAGCUCAGCCUUCGACUACUCCGGCGACAACAAUCUGGGCGUCUAUAACAAAUGGGCUAGCAUGUCUGGUACUCCCGAGGGAGCCGCUCAGAUCAUCAACCUGAUCUGGACCGAUGCCGCGGCAAAUGCGGUGAUUGGCACUAAGAGUUGGUUCGCUAGCAGCGAUGUCAAACUGGCAAAGCGUGCAAGUGGAGAUGCAAGCGCCGACGUACAGACCGGCGUUCCUGUCUACCAAUACAUACGCCGCGUGCGUUACCACAUCGCGUAUGCCGUCCCCGCAUUCGUCGUCCUCACGAUCUUCUUGUGCAGCUUCCUGUUCAGCUUCGUAAUGACAGUGGUUGGGAAAACCGGGCCUGCUCGCAUGCGCCUCUUCCUUCAGAAAACAUCCGUGGGCCGUGUCAUGACCUCGCUUCUGCACCCCGAACCCGCAACGGCGAGUGCGCCAACCAAGCAGUGGGCUGGCAGCCUCGGGAAAAUGCAUAUUGACUUCAUGGGGGCUAUUCCAAGGGGUGCUGCAGUGGGGAUGCAACCGGCUGCGAUGCAUUCUGAGGUCUACGAUCCAAUGUUGCAAGGGAAAGCUCCGGUUGCUAUAGGGCUGCAAGAGGUUAAGAGGUGA